UGAUACUUAGGCUAUUUAUCCAGAUAUAAGUCAUUCAGCGUACACCUGUCCUGUCAACACUUUACACACACACGGUGGACUGGCGAGACAACACUAUUCAAAAGGGGAGACAGGAUGACCAGUCUAGACGAGGUUCCCUUUAAGAGCCCUCUGGGGCCACUACAGGAGCUGGGGCCCCUGGGAGGAGAGAUAGAGCUGGUUACGGCUCCAGAGUUCACCAUACCAGACCACCUCCAAAUACUACAAGACACUGAGUAUGAGUUCACCUUAGAGAACUGGGUGAUGUCUGCGCUCCAUGGAGGAUGCUCCCGACCCUGGAAUGCCCCGUCCCCAUCCUGUCCUCCGUACUGGCUUAUGUUCUCCAGUCCCCAGGAGAGUCGCUCGGCCAGCAGGUGGAACAGUGAUCUGCGGGGCUCUGCCCUCCGACCAAGGAGCCACAGCCUAAGCUCUGUGGACACACGUCACCUUAACCACCACCCUCAACCCCACCACCACCACCGCUGCCAGCAUAGCCACCGAAAAAUCAAGUUAAUGGUCUCCGACUCGGAAGACGAAGCUGGCUACUCAGAAGACGACGAGGGCUCCUCCACUGAAGAUAACGCCUCAGACUCAAAGACACAACGUGGAGCCUAUCACGGUGGUGAACGGCCUCGGUCGCAAAGCUCUGCACCAAAACACCCAUUAUCCAGAGUCAAAGACCACCAUCUUGGAUCUUCAGGAUCUUCCUCGGCUCAUCACCACUCUAACCAGCCUUCCACUGGUGGUGAACGGCCACGGUCGCAAAGCUCUGCACCAAAACACCCAUUAUCCAGAGUCAAAGACCACCAUCUCGGAUCUUCAGGCUCUUCCUUGGCUCAUCACCACUCUAACCAGCCUUCCAAUGGAGGUCGAGGCUACCAGGGUCGCAACAGGAGGGCCAACUCUUCCUCCGUCCUGGACUGCAGGAGGCAAGGGUCAUUCACCGGGCUCAAACAGGAGCAGGGGCGUACCAUCAGCCCACUUUGCCAUGGUCAGGACAGCAGUCCCCAGUGCCAUGGUCAGGCUAGCAGUCCCCAGUGCCAUGGUCAGGCUAGCAGUCCCCAGUGCCAUGGCGAUCAGAGGCCCUGCAGGAAGGAUUUCAGAAGCCAGCAGCAGUUGUCAUCGUCCUCUGGCCUGGAAGAGUCUUUUGUGCGGGCCGGUAGCCCUCAGUGCCAUGGUCAGGCCAGCAGUCCCCAGUGCCAUGGUCAGGCUAGCAGUCCCCAGUGCCAUGUUCAGGCUAGCAGUCCCCAGUGCCAUGGCGAUCAGAGGCACUAUAGCAGAAAGAGGCAGCGUUCUUUGUGGUCAACGGGAAGAAAAAACUCUGUGACCCCACAACGACCCUCUUCAGCUGGCCCUGAAAUCAAGAACAACAGGCAGACUACUCUGCGUCCGCGUAGCUCACACGGCAUUGGCUGUGACUCAUCUGCAGAGUUGCUGACGGCCCUAAGUCAGGAAGAGAGAGAGCUACUGGAGGCCAUCACUGAGCAGGGCUACCCUCUACACACUGCCAUCCUGGCUUUGCAGAAGACUGGCCACCGCAACCCACAACAGAUCCUGAGUUACCUGGUUGCCAGUGACCGUCUGUGUGCGCUGGGCUACGAAGAGGCUCAGGUGGAGGAGGCCAUGGAGAUGUUCCAGAACUGUGAGAGCAAGGCUGGUGAAUUCCUGCAGCUCCUGGCUCAGUUCAAUGAGAUGGGCUUCCAGCAGAGUGCCAUCAAAGAGGUUCUACUGGUCCACGAGAACCACAGGGAGAGGGCCCUGGAGGAUCUAAUGACACAGCACAACUAAUGGCUGUUCUACUGGUCCACGAGAACCACAGGGAGAGGGCCUUGGGGGAUCUCAUGACUGUUAUACAAGAGGUUCUACUGGUCCACGAGAACCACAGGGAGAGGGCCCUGGGGGAUCUAAUGACACAGCACAACUAAUGGCUGUUCUACUGGUCCACGAGAACCACAGGAAGAAGGCCCUGGAGGAUCUCAUGACAACGGAGGGCUCUAUUUAUUCCGUAAUCGCAGAAAUUCUCAAAUUGAGGGCAAUGUUCCCACAUUCACGGUAAACGCUGCAGAUUGUCGGCUUAAUAGGAAAAUACCAUUAAAUAAUGCUUCAGUGAUACAGAUUAAAUGUGCAGCCAUAUAGUAACCUUUUAAUGGGUCAUGUUCACUAGGGCACACUGUAGCAGAACAUUUUGAAACACAAAACAAGUGUGUGGCAGUCCUUUUAUGAACACAGCCAUGGGGUUUUACUCCAUCAGAAUAUAGAUAUGAUGGAUUAUUGAUUUGCGAGUAAACAUUUAUUUUCACCCCA